UUUCAUGUCUUGUUGGCGGGGGCUGUUGCAACAACAGUUUUGUGUCGGAGAAGAGUGUAAAUUUUAUUGAACCCUUAUGAAUUGUUUUUUAUAUCAAAAAUAACUGUAUCUGACGUAAAUAAUGGCAAUAUGAUGGGGAUUUUGUGUUGGAAGUACACAUCUUGCAUACAUGGAAAUUACUACGAGCCAACAAAUCAUCUCAUCUUGCACGGGCGCCAUUGUAACUUCAAUUCUAAUGACUCCAUUUGAUGUCAUAAAAGUAAGACUUCAGGCACAGUCUCGUAGUGCAAGAACAAGUACAGAACAAUGUAUGAUUUGCUUCGAUGGCUUAAUGGAUCAUGUCCGUGUUUGUCCUAUUGAUAAAAAGGCUUGUCGUGCUCCGAAGAAUUUCUCAUCAACUUCGGACGCCCUUGUACGUAUAGUUCGUUAUGAAGGCGCUGCUGCUCUAUGGGGAGGAUUACCAGCAACAAUGUUUAUGGCAGUCCCAGCUACGAUAAUAUACUUCACAUGUUAUGACCAUUUGAAAAUAAUGUACGGAUUUAAAGCAGGAGAAACAAAUAUUUAUUCACCCGUGCUGUCUGGCAUGACUGCUAGAGUGAUAACAUCAACAUGUAUUUCUCCUCUUGAAAUGCUUCGUGUUAAACUACAAUCCAGAAAAGAAUUUCGAUACAGAGAACUUGGUAACAUUGUGAAAACUGGCCUAAAACAAGGCGGAGUAAGAUCACUGUGGCAAGGACUUGGACCUUCUUUGUUGAGAGAUGUACCUUUCUCUGCAUUUUAUUGGUUUGGUUACGAAUAUUUACGUUCAAAAAACAGAAACCCAACGUUACAACACAUUUUCCUGUCUGGUUGUACUUCAGGAGCGAUUGCGGGCGUGUUAACUUUACCAUUCGACGUUGUGAAAACUCACCGUCAAAUAGAACUUGGCGAAAGCAAUUUUGAUCCUAAUAAAAGAUAUCCAUCCACUUUUUCUCUACUGUUUAAACUACAACAAGAACAAGGAACGAAAGCUUUAUUUACUGGAAUUACAGCUCGUGUAGCGAAGAUCGCCCCAGCGUGCGCCAUAAUGAUUACGUCAUACGAAUACGGCAAAACCUACUUCCAACAACGCAAUGAAAAGGCAAUGUUGAGGACUUAGCAUUGGGGCAUAUAUCAAAUGACUACAUACCUAUAACAUAUUUAGUACUUAGUAUACCACAAUUUAUACAACAUACAGUGGAAUAUUAAUUAUACAAUAAUAUGAAUCCAUGUACAAUGGAAUCUUAUAACUGGAAAUAAUUUUGAGGUGUGGUAUAUCAUAUAAAAAUUUUAGUGUAGAAUUUAUGUGCUACAUAAAUUAAGGUACUUUAUAAGAAAAUUUUUAUCGUUCCAA